AGUCACUCUAUUAUUCUAAACAUUAUUUGUAUUUUCAAAGAGUCUUAUUUGCUUGAUGUGACCAUUGGUCAUGUGUUAUUUUAAACUGCCAGUGAUUUACAAAUCCUAGUUAUGUGACCUAUCAGGUUCUAGUUUCAUUUGAUUGACAGAUCAAUUCACACAUCUUGCAACACUUUCCUUUCUUUUCAAGAUGACGCUUUCCUUCCUUUUCAAGAUGAUAUCGUAAUUUUUCCAACAACUGGCUAUUUAUUGGAUUUUAAUAUUUGCUAUAUGGAUAAGACCAUGAAUUGUGCCACUGACAAGAUUAUAAUUUGAAAAUUUUAUCUUUGAACAGAGACUAUUGAUUGGACAUCAUUAAUGUUUACAUUGACUACAAAUCAUUUCAUGCAAUGGUAUACACCAAUAUUGCUGAAUGCUUUUGUCGUAACUUGAACACUUCUAUUUAAGAUAUAGCUAAAAGUGUUAAAACAUUUCUUUAUUUAUAAUUAUUCACAAUUUCUGUCACAAAACAGCUGCAAGGAUUUCAGUCAAUGUCACUUGACUAAAAAAGUUAUCGGACAAUAUAUUAAUAUUUGAUGUUGGUUUAUAAGGAAUGAAUUUCCUGAGCUUUCUUAUCAUGGAACUCACAGACAUCAGAAUUUAAAACUGAAAGUGUUAGACUGGAUAUUUUGUGAAGGACAAGUCAAGACAAAUUGAAGAACCUCAUUUCUUAUGUUUAAACUAAUUACAUUAUGUUUAAAUUCUGUGCAGAUUCAUAAGACAAAAGGACUUACAUAAAUAUAUUGUGAUACAGAGUCUUGGUUAAAGAAACAAUCAUUUGACAGUAUAAUAGUUUACUGUUGCUUGUUUAAGAUAAUUUUAUAUGAACAGCAGUGAACUUUGAAAAGGAAUAUCAUAAUAUCUAUAUUACAGUGACUAUAAAUAACAGUAUGCAUGGUAUAAGGUGAAAAUUACUGACAGAAAAUUUCUGAAAAAAGUUACAAGGCAAAGGUGCGAGUAGUGAUAUUUUAACUACUUGGAAUUAAAUAUCUCAGACAAUAAAUCUGAAGUAAAUUAUCACAGUUAACAAUAGACAGUGUAUUUAUAAAAGAUGGAUAAACAUAUAGUUAUACCAUUGAACAUUUCACAAAUUCAGAAUGAUGGAUUGGACUUCAAAGAUACUAAUUAUCACUUUCCAGAUUAUUAUAAGGUAUUAGCCACUGUGUAUUUGGCUAUUAUUGACAUUUUUAUCAUAAUAGGGAAUGUAUGGGUUAUUUUUAUAAUUCUAUCCAAACUUCGUAAGAGUAUGUAUUUGUUGUCAUCUCUGGUUGUUUCCGAUCUACUGACUGGUAUAACCUCUAUUCCUUUAUAUCUUUUGUGGCUACAUCAUGUUGAUCUAUUUAUAUCACAUCCUAUGUGCUUUGGUUCAUUAAUGACAUCAUUGUUUCUAACUUCAGCCUCAAUUUUAAAUAUUGUUGCCAUGACAACUGAGCGUUACAUUGCUAUUUGCCACCCAAUGUUUCACAAGUCUUUUGUUAAGGUCAAUUUCAGAGUUAUACUUUCAGUGACAAUUGCUGGAAUUUGGCUGACAAGUUUUCUUAUAAGUCUGUUUUCUUUUAUUUUCAUGAAAAGAGAUUUCCUGAUCUGCUCCUAUUACAAUGUUUAUAAUGGUCAGUUUCUGUUUUGGGCAAUAAUAUUAGGAGUAUUCAGCCCUUUCUGCCUUUUGUCAGUUAUGUAUGUAAAAAUGUUUAUUUCUGUAAAAAAAUGCUUUAAAAGAGAAAUUGUACAAAGAAUGAGUUUGACGUCAAGCUCUAGUUCUCAAACUCGUCAAAAAAACAUUUACAAGGCCCUAAGGAAAAUGGUGUCAACUUUAUGUUUGGUUUUGACUUGCUUUGUGUUUUGUUGGUUUCCGUUUUUUAUUACAAUAGUUUUACGAGUGGUAUGUAAAGAAUGUGAAUUGCCAACAUUGGCUUAUGAAAUCAUAUUGUUACUUGGUUUGACAAAUUCUUUUACAAAUCCUAUCAUUUAUUGUCUUAGACACAGGUCAUUUAGAUUGUCAUUGAGACCAGGAUCAUAUGCUGAACAGGAAAGAAGUAACAGUCACAACUUUUCAGAUUGAUAGGUACUUAACUCGAUGGGGAAAGUCAGUGGUUGUUUUUGCUCAAAGUGAUACACAUGAAUUAAAUUUCCCUUUACUUUAGAU